AUGUCUUCGUCACUGAUGUGGAGCGUAGGGGCGCUCGCCCUCUCGUCCCUGGUCUCCCCGGCGGCUGCCGCCGCCAAGGAGAGCUACCAACUGCUGGAAAACUGGCACGGUGAUACCUUCUGGGAUGGGUGGGAAUUCUUCGAUUCUCCCGAUCCUACCAAUGGUUUCGUUACCUACACCAACCAAAGCCGUGCCGAAGACACAGGCCUGAUUGACAUCACCUCGCGCGGCAGCCUCUACAUGGGUGUGGAUCACAAGUCCAAGCUCGACCCCAGUGGCCCGGGUCGGGAGUCGGUUCGCCUGGAGACCAAGGGCUUCUACAAGGAAGGCCUGUACGUCCUGGAUCUGGCGCAUAUGCCGGGGAGUAUCUGCGGCACCUGGCCCGCAUUCUGGUCCGUCGGUCCCAGCUGGCCUGAGGACGGCGAGAUCGACAUCAUCGAGGGAGUCAACAAGCAUGAUUCCAAUAAGAUCGUUCUGCAUACCAGUGGCAGCUGCGACGUUGGUGGCGGCCAUGAGAUGCUCGGCGACAUGAGCUCCGGGGAGUGUGGCGAAGCGUCGGGUACUAUCGGUUGCGUGGUCAAGGGCAAGAAGGGCUCCUCGGGAGACCCGUUCAACAAGCAGGGCGGCGGUGUCUAUGCCAUGGAGUGGACGGAGGAUUUCAUCAAGAUUUGGUACUUCCCCCGCGACUCGAUCCCACCAUCCAUCACCGAUGGCCACCCCGAUAGCUCGACCUUCCCCACCCCCAUGGCCCACCUCCAAGGGUCGUGUGACAUCGCUGCUCGAUUCAAGCCGCAGAAGUUCAUCCUCGACACCACUUUCUGCGGUGACUGGUCCGGCAACGUCUAUGGUGACUCCAGCUGCCCCAUUAGCGACUCGAGCAACCCCAUGCAGAGCUGUGUCAACUACGUGGCGGAGAACCCGGAGGCCUUCAAGGAGGCCUACUGGGAGAUCAACUCCAUCAAGCUGUAC